AUGGCAUACAAGCUGUUCGUCUUCGCUGCCGUCCUGGCCGUCGCCCGCGCCGGAAUCAUCGGGCCCCCGCCGUCGUGGCUCCUGGCGCCCCUUUCCGGGGACGCUAAGAGCCAGCAGGAGAGCCGCAGUGGAGACGUCGUCCAGGGCAGCUACAGCCUGGUAGAGCCCGACGGCACAGUGCGUACCGUCGAGUACACCGCUGACCCCGUCAACGGAUUCAACGCCGUCGUGCACAAGACUCCCCUCGCCGCCCCCAUCGCCAAAGUUGCUGCUCCCGUUGCCCGUGUAGCCGCCCCGGUGGCAAUCGCCGCCCCCGUGGCUGCCCCAAUCGGAUAUGCAGCCGGAAUCCACGCUAAGGCCAUCUACGGUUAAUUUGCCAUCCACCGUCUCUUUGUAAAUACAUCCUUCUCUUCAAAUAAUCGUCAAUAAAAAAACUUCUUAUGAAUUA